AUGUCGGCCGAAAACAACGACGUCCGCGAGCAGAUCCUCGCCAACUCCCGCCUCCUCCUCACCUCCACAACAAGCCCCACCACCCAAGACAACAUCAACAUCGUCGUCUUCGGCCACAGCGGCAUCUUCACCGCGGCCGCCAUGCUCGGCACCACGCCAGCCAUCGAAGGCGCCGAGGGUGCGACACCCGACCUCGCGCGUCGCAAGCUGCUUUUGGCGACCUGCGAGCUGCUCAACACGUACAUUCCGAAGUUGGGGGCUCAUCAGCGUACGAUUCAUGGGGGCGGGAUUUUCGAUGAGGAUUUGAUUAGUAGGGAGCUUAUUCGGGCGGAGAGGGAGAAUGAACUCCUCUCCAGCCGCAUGGUAGACAUCUACGUCGGCGAAGAAGGCACGUGCUGGACCAUCCACGAGAAACUCCUCUGCCACCGCUCCAAGUUCUUCCGCAACAUCUUCUACAGCAAGAGCAGCAAGAACAGCCGCUACGGCCUGCCGGACGAGAGCGAUGAAGCCUUCCAACGUCUCAUUGGCUGGCUGUAUAGCGAUUAUGUCGCCCCGCCUAGGGAGGAGAAGGACUUGUCGCAUAUCCUAGAUCUGUACCUCAUGGCCGAGAAGUUUGAAAUCAAGAAGCUGAUCUUGGAUAUUCUCGAGGCCGUGCGGAAAUGGUACCACGAUACGGACACCUGGCCCAAUCUCCGUCGCGUGCAGUAUAUCUACGCCAACACGGAAUUGGAAUCCCCGAUGCGUCAACUCCUCGUGCAGUGUGUAGCCCGGAUGUUGGUCCUAGGCGACGGGAUGCCGCCGCAUUGGGAACGCGCACUCAGGGCGAACGGGCAGUUGUCGGUGGAUAUUAUUUUGACCGUGCAGAAGUGGCAUUUUGAGCCCCAGAAUGUGCCCGAUGCGAGGCAGGAGAGUGUGGAGCCGAUUAUGGAGGCUGCUGAGGAGAAGAUUGAGAUUAAGAGAGAGCAGGAGGGGGAGGGGGAGGGGGAGCAGUUGCCUAAUGGGGUUGAUCAUGAGGAAGGGGAGGAGGGGGAGGGGGAGGAGCAGGAGCAGGAGGAAGAGGAGGGUGCUGUGAAGGAUGAGUCGUGA